AUGGCGACGUCCAGUGGUACUGCCACGACCACGGUGGCCUUGAAGAGCAGCCCGGACUUCAACCGCCCGGUGACACUGCAGAUGGGCGCUGAAGCACCAGCAGCAAGCCCACACAAGUCGGUUAUGGAAAUGGAUCAGUUCUUUAAGCGGUACUAUGGGGAGCCUGCGGUAAGCCCACACAGCAGCAAGUUCAAGCCGGAUCCAAAGGCGUGGUAUCAACACACCUUGGUCGUGAAGGUUCCCGACAACGAUUCCAAAAAGAAGGUCCACGAGCUCUCCAGCGUUGAGACACGGCGCAGAACACGACUCUUCCGCCGCGAUGCGAGCCAUCUGUGCGAUGGCAGCCAUGACGAGUUGACGUUGAUAAAAGAAAACAUACAUUGUGGUAAACCCAAGAAUGAACGGGGAAUCAUGGGAUGGUCGCAGGGAUCAUUAUUGGGAUAUCUAUUGGGAUUUUUGACUCACUUUCACAGGAAGUAG